CACAUACUCACCGUAAGCAAAUCGUUCUUACUCUCAAUUCCAAUCUCGCACUCUCUUUUUCCUUUUUUGUUCCUCUCACUCUCUGUUCAAUUCUGUUUGUUUCCCUAGAAAAUCGAAAAAAUAGAACUGUUUGCAGAGGAAAAAAGCUAUACUUCGAAUCUUAUUAUUGCUUUUCGCUCACUUAUUUAUUAUUUCUGAUUGAAAUUUGAGGAAAUUAUUGAGACUGUGCCUGUAUUUGGGGAUUUUUUUUUAAGAUUUAGGUUAAAAAAGUUUUGGAGUGUUAUUUAUUUUAUUAAUUUUCUGAUUAAAGGAAAUGAGCAAAGAAAGGCCGCCUGAGCCUCUUGAUUUCUUCAUUUGGACUGUUGAGGAUGUUGGCUUAUGGUUGGAAGAGAUAAAUCUGGGAAGUUACCGCCAGAUUUUCAAAGAAAAUGGUGUCAAUGGAGAGUAUUUGGAGGGUAUGUCUAUGUUCACAACUGAACAAAUUUUACGGUUUAUAAGGCGGUGCCACAUGAAAUGGGGAGACUUCAUCACACUGUGUAAAGAGCUUAGACGAAUAAAAGUGGCAUGCUUAAAAGGCGAGCAAAAGGUUCGCCGACCAUGGUGGGCACCAUCAUGUCUCUCAAUAGUUUUUGUGAAGGUAGCAAAACGCAACAGACAAUCACGAGUUGUUUCCUUGAAGUUGGAACCAUGAAGCAAAAAAGUAUGUGUAUGUAUUUGUAGUUUUAUUUUUGCUUAGGAAACAGAAUGGUAGAGAACUUUUUCGCCUUGGAAAGUGUGGCCUUAAGUUCUUCAAUGGAGAACUUCUAUCGUAUACGAGCUUUUUAAUAUAUAUGAUUCUAAUGAUUUGUAGUCGGAUUAUUGUUUUGAUCUUUGAAGCAAAGUAUAAUGUCAUCCGAGGAAAUUGUUGUAAUAUCAGCCAGUUGUGAAGAAAAUUUACUGCAUCUAUUUUUCGUCGAA